UGUUAAUAAGCUGUAAAAAAAUGAUUUCAAAUAAUGAAGAUGUUGAUGACGAUCUAAUGGUUGCAGGAAAUAUUUCUAAAGAUUUUUCAGAAGAAUUUAACUCAACAAAUCCAGAUGAUGACGAUGAUUUUCAUGUUGAAAAUGGUGAAAAAACAGCUGUUGUAUCAAAAGGACGAGAUACAAAUCGUUUUCCAUUUACAAGAAUACGUUCCCUCAUGAAGAUGGAUCCAGAUCUCACGAUUUCUAGCCAGGAAUCUGUGUUUCUUAUAACAAAAGCUGCGGAAUUGUUUGUUCAAUUGCAAGCACUGGAAGCAUACAAAAAAACAAAACAGGCUAAAAGAAAAACUGUUCAAAAAAAAGAUUUAGAUGCUGCUAUCGCUGAGCUUGAUUGUAUGGCAUUCCUUGAAGGUGCGAUUGAUUGAUAUUUUCAAAAAAGUUGAUCUGUCAUCAUCAUAGUCAUUAUCAAUUCAUUGUCAUUCUUCUAUAUGUUAAAAUGCAGCUAAUGAUCAAAACAUGAAAAGAAUAUAUAAAAAAUAUAUAUCGGUAUAUGAAGACAAUAAGACAAACUUUUUAAUCCAAAUUUUUUGAAAUAUACAUAUAAUUGUUGAUAAUGAUUAAAAAAAGGUUUUUAUUUGUUUGA